AUGGAGUUGUUACAAACUAUAUAUUAUAUUCACAAACAGUGUGGAGUUCCUUCUGUUUCGUCGACAUCUGUUGGGUCGUAUGUACAGUAUGGCAAUGAUGCUGCUCAAGGAGAGUGGCCAUGGCAAAUCUUGUUCUUUAUGGAUGGAAGUUCUGGAUGUGGUGCCACGUUAAUUGACCCUCACUUCGCAAUCACAGCAGCACAUUGUGUAGAGAGUUGGAGUUCCUUUAUGAUUCAUGUUGGGGAAGUCAAAGAAUCGGAAAUGUUGGGAUCCGACGACCAAGGACAAAGGAUAGCAGUAGCUCAAGUCAUAUCUCAUCCUGAUUAUACUGGAAGAAGUACAGGGUGGAAGUCAGACGUAGCAAUACUAAGGCUUUCGCAAGCAGCUUACUACAAUGAUAAUGUCAGACCUGCCUGUCUAGCAACAGAAAUCCAUGAAAGUUUUGAGAACUGUUAUAUUACGGGAUGGGGAUAUAAAGAAGAUGUUGAACACGUUUCAUCAACACCAGACAACUUACAGGAGGUACGAGUAGACGUCAACAUAGACGUAGACAGAUGUAACAAAUCAUAUCAAGCCAUUGGACUUAAUCUGCCACCGACAUCUGUUUGUGUAGAAAAUAAGAAUGCGUAUGCUGCAGCAUGUAACGGAGAUUCAGGAGGUCCUUUAGUUUGUCAGAAUAAAUACGGUCGAUGGGAGUUGGUUGGGGUAACUAGCUUUGGUAUUAGAGGAUGCCGUGUAGACCAGACCCCUAGUAUUUAUCAAAGCAUUCCCUAUCAUAUUGAUUGGAUUGUGCAGAACACAGGUAUACAGAUCAAUAGGAAUAGUAUACCAACACCGCCACCAGAGACAUAAAUGUUUCCAUGCUGAAGUGUGAUGUAAUGGAUGUCUUGUUAGGGUUUUAUUAUUGAAUUGACGAACAAUAAGUUUUGAUUUACGCAAACAAUUUAGUGACAAUUUAUACUUUUAAUAAUAUCAACAAUUAUGUCAUGCAACAUUGAGACCUAUUGAGGCUUUAUAAUUUUACUCUAGUUUUCCUUUGAUGUAAUUGUAGAUGGUGUUUAUCAAUGACCAUCAAGUCGAAACUGAGUCAUUUUAUCAUAUGACUCCACGGGGAGGGGGGGUAACUUCCUAUUAUUGGGUAUACGGGGAUGUGCCAAAAAUAUGGGUCAUUAUUUUGCGAGAUUUUAUAUAAAAAUGCCCCUUUUUAAUGACAUCCUAUACUAAAAUGCAUUUGCGUUUGAUAAGUGUAUAUUGAUUUGGGGGUAUGAUUUACAUAUCAUAUAUAAAUAUGCUAUUGAGAACGAUAAAAUAUAUGUGCACCAAACGAUGUCAAUUCAUAUAUAAAAACUUAGAAAAGUAGCUGGUAUAUUAAUGAAUUAUGAGUGAUGAUAAGUUAGUGCUUAUAUAAACAUGGGUCAUAUUUUAAAUAUAUAAAUAUUGUAUAUAAGUAUAGGUCAUUCUUUCUUAAAUAUUUAUAUAACUUUACGUACUGAAUUUCAGUGAAUGUUAUAUUAAAAUGUGUA